CAUUCUCUGGCAAGAAACAGAAGGAAUGUCUUGUGACACAAUGAAGCCGGAAUCAAAAUGUGUAUGGAUCCCCGGACCAGUGAUCAUUGGUGCUGGGCCAUCAGGGUUAGCUGCAGCUGCAUGUCUUAAAGAAAGAGGAGUCCCUUCAUUGAUUCUUGAGAAGGAAGGCUGUAUAGGAUCUCUUUGGAGACUCAAAACUCAUGAUAGUCUGCAACUCCACCUUCCAAAGGAAUUCUGCCAACUUCCUUAUGUGCCAUUUCCUUCUGAAUUUCCAACGUAUGCUUCCAAACAACAGUUCAUAAGUUACUUGGAGGAUUAUGCUGAUCACUUUGGAAUCAAACCCAUGUUUGGACAGGAGGUUCAAUGGGCGAUGUACGAAGAAACCACAGGGUUCUGGCAGGUUCAAACCAGUGAAACUAGAUACGUGUGCAGGUGGCUUAUUAUUGCCUCUGGGGAGAAUGCAGAACCAGUGACGCCCGAUAUUGAUGGACUCUCAAACUAUAGAGGGGAACUAAUGCAUUCUAGCACAUACAAGGAUGGAACUCAGUUUAAAGGAAAUAAAAUUUUGGUGGUGGGUUGUGGAAACUCGGGCAUGGAAGUUAGUUUGGAUCUUUGCAACAACGGUGCUCAAGUGUCUUUAGUAGUCCGAGACAAGCUGCAUAUCUUGCCCAGGGAGGUCUUUGGGAAAUCAACUUUUGCUCUGUCAGUAUGGUUGAUGAAGUGGUUUCAUGUAAAGUUAAUUGACCGGAUCAUCCUUCUCUGUGCACGACUGAUUCUGGGAGACACAAAUGAAGUUGGGAUUAAAAGACCAGAAAUGGGACCCCUUGAACUGAAAAAUUAUAAAGGAAAGACCCCUGUUCUGGAUGUUGGAGCUUUUGCCAGAAUCAAGUCAGGUGAAAUCAAGGUGGUUGAUGGAAUUCAAAGAUUCACAACCAACUAUGUGGAGUUUCUGGAUGGAAGAGUAGAAGAGUUUGAUUUAGUAGUUAUAGCAACUGGGUAUAAAAGCAAUGUUUCAUCAUGGCUUAAGGAAGGGGACUUUUUCAACCGAGAAGAUGGUUUUCCGAAAAAACCUUUCCCCAACAACUGGAAAGGUAACAAUGGAAUUUACAGUGUUGGUUUCACUAAACGAGGACUGUUGGGAACUUCAAUAGACGCACAAAGAGUAGCGGAGGAUAUUUCUAGGCAAUGGAACUCCGAGACAAAGCAUUUACACCUCAAGUUGUAAUCAAAGCUCAUAUAUGCAUUUGCUAAUGUGUACUUGCAACAUAAAUUACAACAAACAGUACAAUAAUGAAAAGUGUGUUUUCAGGGAAGAAAUGAAGCCUAGGAGACUAGCAGUGCAGGAGCUGAAUAGCUUUUUCGCUUUCUACAAGCGCAAACUCAUUCGCAAUCUCUACUACUUGGAUGCUAGAAGAUAAGUUUUUUAGGAGGAAGAAGAGAUCGGGUCUGAUUAUCCACGUUUUAGUUAUUUAGUUAGUCAUCUUCUAGAUGAGUUUGAGAAAAUUAAAAUCUUUCACUAAGAUAGAUAAAAGUAAGUUCGAAGCUACUGAUAGAGCGUCAUCACUCACUGAUUAAAAUCAAACGUGUUUAAAACAACAGCUCCAAUCACAUCAACAUACAAAAAAUGGCACAUUUUUAUGUUCACUGACUCUGUCAAAGAAAAUGUUGGCAUGCUUUUCAUUAGUUAAGCAUCAAGUCACAAUUCAAGCCAAGUUAUAUUGCAAUUCUAUACCUAAGUGGGGAAAAAGGAUGCUGAUACUGCAAUGUCAAUAUAGUCUUUCCUUCAUCAAGUGAGACCCCACAAUGGAUUAGGCCAGUCACUACUCACUUCCAAUGAGAGUACCACCUUUCCAGGGUAAGCACUAUUCCUCCAGUAAAGAAGUUCUGCCAAGUUUUCCAGGCCCACUUGUCCACCCCCCAAGUUAAACCCCUAACAUCCUAAG